AUGAGUCUCUACGUGUGCGUCAACCGGGCCCAAGUGGCGACCCACGAUGCGCCCGGCGCGUCUGUGCACAAGAGGAGCCUGCUCGAGAUGGAGAAUUUGCAACGACAAGAAGCCCGGUACGUCAAGGACUUGACCGACCGAAUAGAUUUAGAGGUCAACUCCCAGCAGGCGCUGCGGAAGCACGUCUCCAACGCGGGCCGCAUGGUGGCGCAGCAGCAGCAGCGCUUCCGGGACUGGAACCAGACCUGGGCCGCGAGGGCGGAGGCCGCCCAGCAGUUCCGCUACCACCAGGCGCAGCAGAGGUACGAGAGGUGCGCGUCGCAGUGCGAGCUGAAGGACCGUCAGCUCAACGAUUACAAUCGGUGGCGCCAAACUCACCUGGUGGACGCGUCGAAGACCGAGCUCAUGCGGCGGUCCGAGCUGAAGAACGGCCUGGUCAAGGAUUCCAAUGACAUCGUCGCGAAGUACCAGAACAAGGCAUUUGCUACAACCAGGUAA